AUGAAAUUUUUAGUAACCUUUUUCAGUGUGUUUGUGUUUGGAUUGCUGCAAUUUGCCGCCGCGGAUUCUUCCAAUUUCACUUUGGAAUGUUAUGCGCCAGGAACUGCCUUGUUUGAUGGACACAUUUAUAUUGGUGACGAUAAAAAAAUAUACAUCGCUAAUGUCACUGAAACUGCUAAAGGGAUUGUUUUAUCUAAUGGGUCCUUAGAAAUGGAUGAUGGAAAAGUUAUAGGUAUCGGUAAAAACUACCUGUCAUUGGAAGCCGAUUCUUCAAGCUUUGAAAUCGCUUAUCCAUUCACCAUUGAGAAAGGUAUUUUGAAGCUAUACGGCGAGGAUUUCCAUGCUGUACCAUCUGGAAAAGAUGGAAUUUAUGUUCUUGGCUCAAUCAAUGCUGCAGCAGGUCGUGAUGAUGUAAUUCCGAUCCAGAUUAAGGCCAUUGGCGAUGACGAUACCGCUGUUAGCGACUAUAAAGGUGACUCUGUCGAAUCAACUUCUUCCUACUCUUUAUUGGGAAGUCAAACAUUUGAUUCGUCAGCCGCUUCAUCUGCUUCUGCAGCAACAGCUUCAGAAGUUUCAUCUUCAAAGUCAUCAAGUAAAAACGCCGCUGUUGCAAACUUUUCAUAUUCUCACGGUUGUUUCUUCUCUCUGUUAAUUGCAAUGAUUGUUUGA